UCGUUCCAGAUCGGGCUUGGCAUCUGAGCGGAAGUGGCGUCAUGAAAGCAACAUCAACAAUAAUGUCGCUGUCAUAACAUCAGGGAGGAAGGAUAACAGGCUGUGGAGGCUACUUAUAUCAGCCAUUGGAGGGAUUUUUUUGUUUUAAAAAAAGCUGCAAGAAAACACAGCUAAACUUCAGAUAAUGGAAUCUUCAACAAAUCUAGAUGUUGGAGCCCAACUAAUUGUGGAAGACUGUGCUAGCAGCUACAGCCUGCCUCACAUGCCAGAUAUUAAAGUGGAGCAUCAUCUUGACUCCAGUGUUGAGGACGGACCAGCUCAGAAUGUUGCUAUGGGAAUGAAAUUCAUUUUGCCUAAUAGGUUUGACAUGAAUGUUUGUUCCCGGUUUGUCAAGUCCUUGAAUGAAGAAGAUAGCAAAAAUAUUCAAGAUCAAGUGAACUCUGACCUUGAAGUGGCAUCUGUAUUAUUUAAAGCUGAAUGUAGUAUCCAUACUUCUCCUUCUCCUGGGAUUCAAGUAAGACAUGUCUACACCCCGUCUACUACUAAGCAUUUUUCACCUAUAAAACAGUCCACCACUUUAACUAACAAGCACAGAGGAAAUGAAGUCUCUACAACACCUUUGCUUGUAAACUCUCUUUCAGUUCACCAGCUGGCAGCUCAGGGGGAAAUGUUGUAUCUAGCCACACGCAUAGAGCAAGAAAAUGUAAUCAACCAUACCGAUGAAGAAGGCUUUACCCCUCUGAUGUGGGCUGCAGCUCAUGGGCAGAUAGCAGUGGUAGAAUUUCUCCUUCAAAACGGUGCAGACCCACAGAUUCUGGGGAAAGGGCGAGAAAGUGCUCUGUCAUUGGCCUGUAGUAAAGGGUACACAGACAUUGUGAAGAUGUUGCUUGACUGUGGAGUUGAUGUCAAUGAGUAUGACUGGAAUGGUGGCACACCCUUGCUCUAUGCUGUGCAUGGAAAUCAUGUGAAAUGUGUCAAAAUACUCUUAGAGCAUGGUGCUGACCCAACUAUAGAAACAGACUCUGGCUAUAAUUCCAUGGAUUUGGCUGUAGCCCUGGGCCAUCGUAGUGUUCAACAGGUGAUUGAGUCUCAUUUAUUAAUGCUCCUUCAGAACGUCAAGGAAUGAUACCACUGAGACGAUGAGCAGAUUCUUAUCUAGAGUUGGACAGCGUGUUAGCAUUGGAUAGUGUGAUAGACUUAUUUACCUCAGUCCAGUCAUUACAGGGGGAUUCCCUUUAUUUACCAAGUAAGAAUAGAAAGUUUCUUUAUGAAUAAUGCUGCAGUGAUGGCUUGCCAUCCCACCUGUGUUUUAACAGUUUCUGCUGACAUGUCCAUUUUAACAGGUAUUGGCACACUGUAGUAUAGCCUGCCAAUUGUCUCUGCAGGCCUUGCCCUUACCAUGGUGUUUAUUGUCCUAGCAGGGCUUCAGGUCACGGGUGGGUUAAAAAAAAAAACUAUUACAGAAUGUUUUGUGCAAGACAAGAGAUGCCAGCAUAGGAGUGUAUUUUACUGCAACGUCUUUUGCUGUUUAGGUAACUGUUCUCGAGAUUUUUUUUCCCUGUUGUUCAUGGAUGUUUAUAAAACCAAACCUUACCCUGUUUGUAAAUAUUUAAUUAAAUUUGAUAUUAAGGUGUAUAAGGUCCUUGAAAAAGAAAUGGGGGAGAGGUCAGUCAUUGUAUGUAACAUAAUACCUCAUUCUGUCUGUCAUUAUGUAUUUUAUGUUUGGGGGAGAUAACAUGAAUCUUCAGAAUAUAUUGAUGUAUGCAGUCCAGCAGUUGAAACACUGCAUUGGUAUAGAUAUUGAAAUGAAUCCAAGAAAGCACUGGAAUUUGUAAGCUUUAAAAAAAAAUACAAACGUUGCCAUCUCCUAUUGAUAACCCAAAACUUACAUCCACCAAUGGUUCUCAGUCAUAUUCACUUCCUUUCCACAAAGUAUUUUGAAAUAGGGGGGAAGCUGACUACAAUUAGCAAGGAAAGUCCCUAGUUUAUUUGAAGGACAUAUUGUGAACAUGUCAACCAGUUUCUCUCCAAGGGACAAUGCUAGUCAUCAUUGCAUAAAUGAACGUAAGCACUCUUGCCUCUCCUUGCUCUUGUCCAGGAAAUUACAAAUAUUGCAAUGCUCAGCAUAUCAUUUCAUGCAAAUCACAGCUAUGGUUUGUUCUCUGUCUUAAAAGCUACUUUAAUCUUGAUUUAGAGGAUAGAGACUAAAUCUUAGCUUGUCAUUUUGGCUGAAUCAUAAACUAUGAUACAAAACCACUCUAUUUAUUAGCCUCAUACUGAGGGAGUAGAGCACAUAAACCCAAAAAUGCCUCAGAGAUUUAUUCCUGUAGUGAAAAACCAUGGUUUGCUAUUUUGUGAAUCACGGUGGGGCGUCUCCCUUUUCCUAUUGUGUGUUUUAGAAUGCAGUGGAACAGCCUUGUUGAGGGAGACUAUUCUACUAUAAACAUAAGAGCAUUAUAACAUCUUAAGCAUACUUUUUCCAGUAAUAAAAAGUUCAAUAUAUGUGAAAUGGUGCAAUACUACAACUGUGGUAGAGGUUUCUCAUUCAUCUAGUCUGACUAGCCAAAGAGAACUAUUGAAUUCCCAAUCUUUCAUGGAAUUCUUAUUAGACAUGCUAUGAAUUGGAAUAGCUAGAGCUACAAAUGUUUUUGGAUUCAGAGUGUUUUUGCAACCAUUUUGAAUGGUUUUUUUUAAUUUUCAGAGUUGUAGUUCUCUAUAUAUAGAGUAAAUAAAAUGUUUUUAAGUUAUUCUGUUGCAUCUUAAAUGGUUUUAUCACAGUGGUAAAGUCACCUUAUGUUUUGGUUUUCACUAACAUUUUUAAAGGAUGAUCAUUUGGUGUUUACUUCAUUUUCUUCUUUUAAUUAGUGAACUGCAACAUUUAGCACAGUAUACAUACAUGAACUUUCUCCAUAUUAUGAGUCCCACAAAAAUAGGAUGCAUUAAAGAACGGGAUAGCUAUUCUUCUGACCCUACAAGCCCACAAUGUUUAAUUUGUAAAUUGCUUUAAAAUGAAUGUCAUCUGUUUGGUCUUUAAUAACCUGUACAAGUAGUAAAGUAUGCGUUUCAUGA